GAAAUGCUAAAUUAGCCGAUGCUAAUUGAAACAAAACAACCUAUGUCCUUUUCAGAAUAAUGGAAAAUUGGUUGAGCCGAAAAAGCUUGCGGUAUAUGAAAAGUCUCACAAUUAAGGCUAACGGUUGUCAGGAAGAUGAAAAGUGAAGUAUAGUUCGGAUUGCUGACAAAUUUAAGACUAACGUGUUUGCUCUUUGUUACUUCUCACCGUUGGCUGGCAUCCAAACACAGCGCACAUGUGGUCGUUCCAGUUGCACGCAAACAACACACAAGACGCGUGCAAGAAGAGCUCUGCGGCUGAUUCCUGGUGUUUGAGCGCUGAUUGGACGGAGGAAGUCACGUUGCCCCGGGAGCCCGUCAGUCCGAUGCCACACCAUUGUUCCCCGGUAGCCGGAAGGAAGGCUGCUACUGCCGCUGCUGAAAAGGCACCGGAGCGCGCCUCGACUGGACCGGUUCUUUGGCCGACCCCCCCUCCCCCGGAUCCCAGUACAGCCCACCGCACCGGAGGAGGCUCUUCAUGCAUGCAUGGAGGACUGCACGCCGAGACACUGCAUGGAAUUGAGGGAGGGGCGUUGAUUUAAUUGGCUGGCUUCACAAUCACAUGAAUGCCUCUACAGGACAGGAGCAGGCAGCUGCCGCGUAAUAUCAUUUUCUAAAGGUGCAGAUGUGUCAGGCCAUGACCGGAAUACUGAAGAGGAAAUUCGAGGAGGUGGAAGCCUCCUCCUCCCCGUGUUCUUCCUUGAGGGAGUCUGAUGAUGAGAUAUCCUGCAGUGAGAGUGGGGAUAGCAGUGACAGCAUCAACCCGUCUGCCUCUGGCCCUUUCACCCCCGACUCCAUCUUGAAGAGAGAAAAGCGUCUAUGCACAAGGAGGGUGCACUUUGAGAAGGUGACCGUGUACUACUUCAGCAGGAGGCAGGGCUUCACCAGUGUGCCCAGCCAGGGUGGUAGCACGCUGGGCAUGUCCAACAGGCACAGCUGGGUCAAGCAGUACUCCCUCGGGGAGUUUGCCAUGGAGCAGGAAAGAAUCCACAGGGACAUGCUGAGGGACCACCUGAAGGAGGAGAAGCUCAACUCCAUUAAACUCAAGCUGACCAAAAAUGGAACAGUCGAGUCUGACGAGGCCAACACACUCACUGCUGAAGACAUUUCCGAUGACGAUAUCGACUUGGACAACACGGAGGUGGAUGAGUACUUCUUCCUGCAGCCGCUCACCACUAAAAAGCGGCGAGCCCUGCUGCGUACCUCCGGGGUGAAGAAGAUUGACGUGGAAGAGAAGCACGAACUUCGGGCCAUUCGCAUGUCCCGAGAGGACUGCGGGUGUGACUGCAGAGUCUUCUGUGAGCCCGAGACCUGCGCCUGCAGCAAUGCGGGCAUCAAGUGCCAGGUGGACCGCAUGUCAUUUCCAUGUGGCUGCACAAAAGAAGGCUGCAGCAAUUCGAGUGGCAGAGUGGAGUUUAACCCCAUCCGCGUCCGGACCCAUUUCCUGCACACCAUAAUGAAGCUGGAGCUGGAGAAGAGUCGCGAGCAGGAGCAAGCUUCCCCGACAAACGGUUACCACGGCAACGACGCAGUGAGCUCAAACCCUUUGGUUCAGUCUCAGCAACAGUUGGACUACGCUUUGCCCGAUGCCAUUCCGCAAAGCGCCGGCGUGCACCUGCAGACGGCCGGCGACAUGGACGACCCGCUGGAGGACGAAGACGAGGAUGAGGAGGACGACGAGGAAGAGGACAACGAAGACGAGGAGGAUAGCAGCAGCGUUUUCAGCGGGCUUUCAGACUCCAGCACUCAGAGUUUAGCCAACACCGACUCGGAGGAGGACGAAGACGAAGACGAUGAUGAGGAGAGGUCGGAGAACUUGUGUCACACCGAGGUGGUCCCCUUAGCCUCGGUGCUGUGUUAUGGCGAUGAUGAAAACCACCUAAACGGGAACGCUUAUUUAAUGAACUCCCCCUCGGCCGAGUACUAUCAGCUUGGGAAUUCUGGCUCUGGCCCCAGUGGCCCGAGCACCCAAUCGGGUCAACCCUACGGGGAAGCCUUAGCAUUCCAAGAGCCAAUCAUCAGCACCCAAACCCAGGGAGCCUUCCCAGAUCAACCGGUGGAACAAUACCCGACGAAUUUUAAUUUGGGCAGUAGUCCGUCGGUGGCCUCUUUGAGCCACUACGCCCAUGAGAACGACAAGCAGAUGCUGUCCAAAGCAGACUUUGUGGACCCUCCUGAGAGUCAGUUUCAUAACUACCUGAACAAUAAUGCCCACGGUCCGUUCAGCACUCACGGGUCAUGUGCAACAGCCGAGCCGCCGCAGCAGUCCAGUGUCAACGGACACCCCGAUCUGAACUUACUUGCCACAAGUACCAAGAAUCUCUCUUUACCAGCCGUGUAGGAGGCCUCACAUCUGCAUCGUUAUUUGCUCACAAAGGUUGAAUCAAGGCAAGUGAACUUCUCUCGAUUUUGGAAGACGGUUCAGUUCUACGUUUUAGGUUUGACGGUUCACUUUUUAUGCCUUGAAGGCUGUGUCCUGUGGUGGUCGCAGUGCAUUGCGGUGUUCUGAGGAGCGCAGUCACCUUUAAAUUGGAGAAACCAAGCAGCCUUUGAGCAGGGGCAUGGCACAACAUCGGCGAGAGGCUUCUCCGAGUCCAGAGUUCAUUUGCAUCUUGAAAGGAUAUUCUUUUGAGGAAAAGGACUCGACUGCUGACCCUAACUAUUAUUAAAUAUUAAUCGUUAGUGUGAAAAGCUACAGCUUUCACAUAAAUCUUUCACGAUAAACGCGAUUAUGCUUCAAUUCUCUCCCGAAAUCCUUGACUCGAUUUGUAAGGAGGGAGCACAGUGGACGACCGGUUAGAGCACUUACCUCACAGUUUUGAGGACCGAGGUUCAAAUCCCAGCCUCGCCUCUGUGGAGUUUGCAUGUUCUCCCCGUGCCUGUGUGGGUUUUCUCUGGGCCCCCCGGUUUCCACCCACAUCCCAAAAACACGGAACAUAGCUGACAUGGGCUCCAGCACUCCCGUGACCCUUGUGAGGUUAAGCAGUUCAGAUAACGGAUGGAUUUAUUUUUGAGGAAAUGGUCAUGAUGAAAAAAAAAAACAAGAACUUGAUUUUCGAGAUAAGAGAUUGUGUAUUAUCGGUAAUACAUGAAGAAGAGAGGAAUUGUGAAUUUAAAAGCUUGUGUCCCUAAAUUUUCUGCUUGCAUUCAAAAAAAUGUUUGUGAGGAGAGAAGAUAUUCCUGGUAAAAACAAAAUAAGGCUGUAAGGACAAUGACAUCCCAAUUUUAGAUAUAAGGUGUCGCUGGUGUGAAAGCAGUGUAAACGAAGCAGUCUGUCAAACUCCAAAAGGCCUCUCUAGACAGAACUGGUUUGAGUAAUGAGGAGGCCUUUAUUCAGAUUCUGAAUUCAAAAAUUCCUUGUGUGUUUUUACACACUUGGCCAAUAAAGCUGAUUCUGAUUUUGAUUCUGAUUCUGUCUCCCUGCACACUGUAUUUUGAGAUUCUGCUCCUCUUUUCUGUUAUUUCUCUCAAAACGUCAAAAUGAUUUGUAGCCUGCCGGUCCUACCUCAAAUGUUUGCAGUCAGCUCAAAAUGCAGCUGCUUGCUUCUUAACUGGAACACUUUUCUGGCCUCCUUCCCCUGGCUGCCUGUGCACUUUGGAAUUCAUUUGAAGUUGCUCCUAUUUGUUUUCGAAUCUCGAACUGUUCUCCCCCGCCCCCCAGCCCCCCUUACCACUCCACUCCACUAUCUUACACUCCUCAGGUCUGCUGACUAGUCAGCUGACUUGCGGUGCACACGAGACAAGCCUCUUCGCCACCCCUAUCUAAAACUCUAAAACCCGCCUUUAAAUUUUUUAAAAAUGGUCUUACACUUGGUUACCUUUUUUUUUCCCCUCUUCUAAAAUUAUGUUAGUGCUCUAUGAAUAAAAUUCUAUUGAGUUACAUCCCAGGCAACAACAACGUAUUGGGACCAUCAGCAGGGAUCCCACACGUGAAAGAAUAAAUUAGGAAAGUCCACAUCUAAAAUGUUUAAUGAAAGAAGCCUUUCGGAUUGAAAGUGGAACAUCUUUAACAAACUAGUAAAGUUUCAUUGACUGGAUUCAACCUUUGCUGAUUACCAUGACCUGGGUUUUUCGGGAGUGCUUUGCAUUCAUGGACUUUUGCAAUGUCUGACCUUCGGUUUCAAAGCGCCGCGGCAAAUUUUCAUCGCUUCAUCAUAGAAAUGUUUCGAAGGCCUCACAAAUGACACCGUUACCACAGAACAAAGCUCAAUUAUGUCACGCUGUGCAAUGUUAUCUUGUAAUUUCAGGCAUCAAAUUCUAGUUUUGAGCAAAUAUUGUACUGUAGAUGGAACUUUUCUAUGUCUAUCGUAUGUGUCAAAUGUGUGCAAAAACGAUUACUGUCAAGUUUGUUUAGGAAUUAUAUGUAUACGUACAGUAUAUAUUGUCAAAGUUUUGAUAAUACGCAUGCUCUUGGGAAUUGCAGCAGUAUUUAAGGGGAACAAGAAGUUUUAUACAAAACAAAAAUGUGCGCUUGUUUUUUCCUUACUAUGAUAUGCUUUUCUAUUAUUUGAGAAGCAUGAAAAAGUACUCAGUUGUCAAAGGUGGGCUGAAGUGUUCGAUGCCGCAUUGUUUUUAAUCAAUACUUGAAUGGUGGAAAAGUGAAGAUUCACCACAGUAGAAAAUGUUUCAUUAAACAGGGAUAUUAAUUAAAUAGCACUUUUAAAUGUCUCCAAAAAGCUCUUAUUCAAAUUCAUACUGAACACAAAGUAACCACUAAAUAUUUAUAUGAGAUGUAUUGUCUUUUAUGGCUAUAGUUUUUUUGUUGUUGUUUUUGUUUUCUGAUUUAAACGCAGUACAAACAAGUUUCCUGUCUAGUCAUUUAAAUAAAUGAGAUUUAUUAAUGUGGAUCCAUUAAAUGAAGUUGUUGUGUGCAAUAGCUAUCUACUAAAGAUAGUUCACUAAUUCUUUUUGUUUCCUCUAUGGCUCAACACUGCAUAUUUCUCUUCUAAUUGCCAAUACAUACAUUAAAAAUGGAUGACAAUCACAGCUUGAUAUUAGAUGGUUCAUAUUAAUUAUUGAGUCAUUGAAAAUGACAAAGGAAAUUGCUAAGUAAGCACUUAAAAUCAAAAGAAUUGAAAUGUAAGUGCUGCGCUGCUUAUGCAGGAAUAUUUGCUUUUUAGUGGUCGUCUUGAGUAGUUUGGAACUUGUGCAUGUGUAGACUGCUUUCAAGCAAAGGAGGGAAUCAACAUUAUUGAUUUAUUUUGCCAAAGCAUACAGGACAGUGGAGGCGAGACACUAUAAUGUUGCAUCCGAUUAAUAAUAGUUUUUUUCCCCCUGUAUUUGAGUGAUAUUGAAAUGUGUAUUUAUUGUGGUAAAGUCAGUAUUAAGUAAAUUGCUUCAGUAUUUUUAAAUGGUCAAUUUUUUAAUGCUGAUUGUGAGUUGUGAAGCUUCAUGUGCCUGAUUUCCUUUUCAUUUUUCAAUUAUGUGAAAUGCAUAUGUUUUGCACAAAUGUUUUAUUUUUAUCUGUAGAUAGAACUUGAUUAGUUUUCAUUUUUACAUGGUUUUGAAAUAAAUGUCAUUUGGUCUUGGUGGUUUUAUUUCCGUGUAAAUAUCUUGAGUCUACAGCGCCCUCUCCCGACCAGAUGCUUAUUGCUCAUCCUCCGCUUCAUUCACCGGGCUCAAAA